UGCUGCUGGCGAUCAAAGCAAGUUGAAUAAGUGUUCCAGUUUGAAUUUCUGCCAGUCUGCUUAGUUUCUAUGCUACUCUUUUAUUCAGACGUUUACUGCCGAUCUAAAACCCAAAGUUUGGGGAUUAUUCCACCUACAUGUUUUGCUUGUACUAGGAUUGUCUGCUUAUUUUCUGUGCUACCCUCGUGUAUUACUGCCAAUCUAACACCUGAAGUUAGAGAACUGUUCCAGUCUUUUUUUCUGCUGGUGUUCGAUCUGUUCUUCAUGUAGUUGUACAGUGUACAUAAAUACUUUAUAUCUUUGAUCAGUCGAUCAGUACAUGUACACUGUAGGUUGGUCUAGAAUCACUGGCACAAAAGAUUAAGUAAUCCAUCAUUUCAAGAUGCCUGGCGGUGCCUGCAUCCACUGGUUCCGGCAUGGCCUCCGUCUCCAUGACAACCCGGCUCUACUAGAAGGCAUGACUUUAGGGAAAGAGUUCUAUCCCGUCUUUAUCUUUGACAACGAAGUCGCAGGUACAAAGACAUCUGGGUACAACCGAUGGCGUUUCCUUCAUGAUUGCCUUGUGGACCUGGAUGAGCAGUUGAAGGCAGCUGGUGGAAGACUGUUUGUAUUUCAUGGUGAUCCAUGCCUCAUCUUCAAAGAAAUGUUCCUUGAAUGGGGUGUGCGUUAUCUGACCUUUGAGAGUGACCCUGAGCCCAUCUGGACGGAGCGAGAUCGUCGGGUCAAGGCGCUGUGUAAGGAGAUGAAGGUCGAGUGCAUUGAGAGGGUCUCUCACACGCUGUGGAAUCCUGAUAUCAUCAUCGAGAAGAACGGAGGCACACCACCCAUCACGUACUCCAUGUUCAUGGAAUGCGUGACGGAGAUCGGACACCCGCCACGCCCUAUGCCUGAUCCUAUCCUCACCAAAGUCAACAUGAAGAUUCCGUCAGACUUUGAGGAGCGCUGCGCCCUUCCCAGUCUAGAAGUGAUGGGAGUAAACAUGGAGUGCACGGAGCAGGAGAAGAAGGUGUGGAAAGGGGGCGAGACCCGUGCCUUAGAACUCUUCAGGGUCAGGAUUCUUCACGAGGAAGAGGCCUUUAAGGGGGGCUAUUGUCUACCAAACCAGUAUAUGCCAGACCUGUUGGGUACACCAAAGAGCCUGAGUGCGUACCUGCGUUUUGGGUGCCUGUCGGUGAGGAGGUUCUAUUGGAAGAUACAUGACACAUACUCAGAGCUGAAGAAGGAGGUGUCACCAUCCCACCUCACGGCCCAGGUGAUCUGGAGGGAGUACUUCUACACCAUGUCUGUAGGCAACAUACACUUCAACAAGAUGAAAGAGAACCCAAUCUGUCUCAACAUUGAGUGGAAGGAAGACGAUGAGAAGCUCAAGGCAUGGACAGAUGGUCGUACAGGGUAUCCAUGGAUUGAUGCCUGCAUGAAACAACUCAAAUACGAGGGCUGGAUCCACCAGGUCGGUAGGCACGCCACCGCUUGUUUCCUCACUCGUGGAGAUCUCUGGAUCAGCUGGGAAGAUGGAUUACAGGUGUUCGACAAGUACCUCUUGGAUGCUGACUGGAGUAUCUGUGCAGGAAACUGGAUGUGGAUCUCUAGCUCUGCCUUUGAAAAGUUCUUGCAGUGUCCCAACUGCUUUUGUCCAGUUCGGUAUGGCCGCAGGAUGGACCCUACGGGUGAAUAUGUCAGGCGCUACCUUCCAGUGUUGAAGGACAUGCCGAUCCGAUACCUCUUUGAACCAUGGAAGGCACCGAGGGCAGUGCAAGAAAGGGCAAAAUGCAUUGUGGGAAAGGACUACCCGAUGCCGGUCGUGGAACACAAGUCAGCUUCAGCAGCCAACCACGAACAGAUGGAGAAAGUCGUCAACAAGCUGAGAGACACGGGCAUCGUCCACUGUGCACCGUCAACCCAGAGGGAAGUGCGGGAGUUUGUGUGGUUACCGGAGAAAAUGGCUGGCGGUGGAUCGUGUCGGGCCGACCAAAACUGCGAGGGUAUCCUUGGGCUGUAAUCCAGAUGCCCUAAAUUAGAAACGGGUCCAAAAAAGACCAUGCACUGGUGUCUUGCACGGUUGUGUAUGUUCAUCUGUUACGACACAUUUGUUGGUAUCAGUAUAGCACAUUAAUGGUGUCCGUAUAAUUGUACAGCCUAGUCUGCUGGUGAUGAAGUUGGUGCUAAUUUUGUGCUUUUGUUUUUGUCUACCUGACUGCUGAGACAGCUAGAGCAGUCACACUUGAACAGAUACACACUGCCCCAAUUUGAUAUGAUAGGCAGUCAUGAGAGACAUGCCGUCUAUAUAUGCAGGUUCUCUUUCACACAUGUUUCACUGUUAAAAGAAAACAGUCAUUGGAAACAAAAGGCUGGAGAGACUGAUGGUCUUUAUAUGCAGGUUCUCUCUAACACACGUUUCACUAAGAAAUAUGGUCAGUUGAAACAAAAAUGUGUUUUGUUAAUAGACAGGUGGUCUUUCUGUACAGGUACUUGUAGUUGCUCAUAUGAGAUGUGCCUGUUCAUGUAAAGUAGUUGUCUGUCGCAAAGCGACCAUGAUCGCCUUCAUUUUUAAAUAACAUGAUCAUGAAGGCUGUUUGCAAAGGUUGAUAAGUACCGGUAGCUCUUACAAUUAACUAAUGGCACUCUCUUGAGGAACCUGUGGCAGUUUCACACCGGCGAGGACAAGCCAGGAAGGGUGUCAACCACUAGACCCUGCAGUGACUGGUCGUAGGAUGUCAGGAGUUCUGUAUCGUCAAUCGCCCUAAAUGCUGUCACAGUGGCAUGGUUUUCUGUUAGGGUUUGCUCCCUUAGCCUUAGAUUCUAAAGAGAACCUAAACCACAAGGUGCAUGGCAGGGAUGCCAAACUCCCUGAGGUUUUGUUAUACCCGCAUACAAUAAUGAUUAAGAUUCAUUAAAAGAAUGAAGCGAUUAAAAAUACUCUAUGUUGCGUUAAGUUCAGAGUAAUAAUUGAGCAAAAACCAAAUACUAUUUUUCAAGCACUGUAUUGAUUAUUUCAAUUCAGUGUGGUAGUGUGAGGUAGUGUGAGGUACUGUGUUUCAUAAGGGUAGGGUGCAUGUGCCAAUAAGUGCAAGUAAAAAUAAAUCUCCCCUAGACGUAUCCGUGUAACGUGUAGGACCUUUAUUGUGCGCAAGUACUUUUUUCCAUCCCCACUAGCUUCAGAAAAAUAAAACUGAAGUUUGUUAGCAAGCCUUUGUAAGCUUCCCUGUCUUUACAUGUAUAUCAGUAUAGAUAAACAACUCAUGGACCUGCACUGCUAGUGCUUUCUGAGAGAGUCGGCCAUUGCGGAUCAAAGCCUUUUAAAAGGGCACAAGCACAUUGACUUUGGUUUCAGACUAGGAACCUCUGCAUUCAAGACACCGCCCUUCUACAGAGCCAUCCUUUUAAUACAGUGCAAUCUGUAUUUACUAAAGACUGCGUAAGUGAGACACAAAAAGUGGUCUUUAUAGGGAGAUGGUCAUUAUGUACAGGAUGCUUUAGUAUAUGUUUCAAUGAGAAACCAUUUUCUAAGGAAAUAAUAAAUUAGCUCUUUGUAGACCGGUGGUCUUUCUAUUCAAGUGGUCGCUAAUGCAGGUUUGACUGUACUAACUCCCUUUCCUGUUUUCUUAUCCAGUGGUAAUAAAAAUUAUCUGUACAACAAUAUGUGUGUGUAUACAUGUUGUAUAACUCCCAACCUUUCCAAUUUGGGAUCUAAAAUUCCUCUCUUAUGACUAUGAAAUCUAUGUUUGGACCCCUAAAUUCCUUCUCUUUUACUGAAAUAUUCUGUGUAAAAGCAUGCAAAUUGUAUUGUAUUCCUAAUUUGGGCAUUGGAGAUUCAUAAUUUAUGCCGUUGUGUUCCGUCAAACGGUUUCAGGGAGAGAAGUCUUUAAGGUAAUGCUCAAUAGAAAAGCACUCUUUGUGAUAAGUUGAUAAAGUGCAAGCAGAAAAAAAAAUGUUAGCGAGACAACAAAUAAAAAUGAAUAAUGUUUUAAUGUACAACAAAAUUAAUGGGACAGUUGGCCAUAAAUUUCUCAUCGACUGACCCAAUUACUGAUUUGAGAUUCAUGUAGAUACAGUGAUCUCACAGGUUAGACAUCCAUAAAUUUCUGAUUAUAUUUCCACUUUCGUACAAACCUAAACCAUCCUGUUUUUCUGAUUUUUUCUCUGCUUUGCUUAAGCCCAAGUUAUCCUAAAGGUGGAUUCUUCCUGAUAUAUGGAGCUAUGAGAUAAUAUACUCUUCCAAAGCCCUUCUGCAGAUCACACAUCAAUUUUUUCCUUAUCCUUUAUAUGUUUAUACAGGGUUUAAAUGCUGAUCACGAUUGUGUAUGUGUGUGCUUUUUAUAUUAAUUACAUAUGUGUGCUGUGGCGAUCACUAAGAAAUGUACAUGUACGUGUGUUUAUCCGAGAUUUGGAAACGUUUUAAAAUUUUAUUGGUGUAGAAAUUUUGCAGAUAUGAAUAUAUUUUUCAUAAAUAAUGAACAAAUUAACGAUUGGGCUGCUAUCAUCAUUUCUUGGCUUUUUAAAAAAAAAAACCUUGAGUACCAAAGCAUAUUUAAUAAUAAAUUUGAACUAUUUUUCAUGAAGUGCAGAAAUGGUGUGUAGACAAAACACCUUUAUCAAUGUACAGUAAAAUAUGCUAAAUCUACUGCCAGUAAAACCCAUGCCAGUAAACUAAAACUAUGUGAGAGCCUACAGGAUGCUACACAUGAAUCUAAUGAAGGAUACAGCAGCCUCCUUGAAGUAGGCUGUUCCUUUUGCGUUGACUGCUGAGCCUGGUUGGUGGUUCCAGGUCUUUAGAAAAAGUGGUCAAUUGGAACCCCAUCAACAACAAUGUGGUCAUUUCGGUCACCCUUAUGCCCCAAAAUUACGAUUUAUAUUACUUGAUUUUUGUCCAAAAUCGAUCCCAAUUUUCAGUCAGAAUCAACUGAUGGGUGGGGCUUGACAUACAAAUUGAAAUCCAAAAAAAAGAAGAAAAUGUACACAGACAUCAGAAAAAUCAAUCUAAUUGGAAUUAUUACACAGUUGAUUUUGGUCAUUUUGAUUGGUGGCUAGGGUAGUGACUGCACUGGUUGAAAGACGUUGACCGAGAGCUGAAAACUUGGCCUUAACAUUUUCUUAAAAUGUAUGCUGGGAGCUUUAUUUCAUAUUUAUAUGUAUACAUGGUAUUCAAUACGUAUGCUUGAUCACCUUAACUUGUGCUUUGAUUAAUAACCAUUAUUUACGCUGCUAAAUUUAGAAAUAAAUAUUGCAGACUUCACACUUUUUAAUAAUAAUAAGAUAAACAACUCCAAAGACUAUCAAGAAAUCAACUCAAUUCUAUUUGCCUAAACAAAUUAUUUCAAACUAUUGUAAUGCUUGUGAAUUUUAAUAGAUGAUAGAGGCUGUUAAAAGAUUGCCCUCAGGUUAACUUCUGCGAGGCUUUGUGACCAUAUGUUAUAAUUUUUCCACUAUUUUUGAUUAAUCCCUAAUCUACAAUUAAGAAAACGGGUGUUUACCUUGAUAAUGAUAUUUUGAGCUUUUUAAUUGUGUUCAAGUUUUUAUAAAUUCAUCUGUAUCAUUGCUGUCAUAAUCUUGGAUAAAAAUUGUGCAAUCAAGUUGUAUAUUACUGUUGUAUUUGUUAAGUAUUUGUUAAACCUAAAUAUAUCGAUCAUCAUUAUUCUCAGUGUAUAUAUUCAUUUAACCAUAUUAUGAGUGGUUUGUAUGGUUCGAUAAAUGUAGCGGUAGUCUUAAUUGAUAUUGUCAUGUGUUCACGAUGGAAUUAUAAAGACAAUGUAUGUGUUGGAAUGCUUAUAACACGCGAUCGUCCUUAAAAGAUUUAGGAGUGUCAAGAGAACAUUUAUGCAUUUAUUGUUGAUAUAAAUUUGAAAUGUGAGUAUAUGCAGUCAAAGUAUUUUAUAUUUAUAUCUCUAAACCUUAAAGUUUGUUUCAGAUGUGUCAUGGUAAACCACCGCAAAAAAAAA